CAUAUAUCAUUGUUACAAACGGCAAAAGAACAUCUUAAUCGUUUGAGUGAAAUGGACUCUACAGUUUCCGGAACUGCGCAAUUUACCGCACUUUAUAUUGGCGCGCAAAUACAAAUUUUGCAAAUUUUAGAUAAGGGAUUUUGGGUUAACCCAGCGACACUAGCAACUCAGCAACUUAACACAUUGAAAACGAACAUUCAAAAUCUUCUGGAACACUGUUUAAAAUUACAGUUCUUUUUUGUCGGCUUGAAUUCUGCCGAACAGUGUGCAGUGAAACAAUUCAGGUUAAGAGCUUUAGCUUUAAAUUUGGUUUAUAUUGUUAAAGGUAGUAAUUCUUCUGCCCUAGCUCCUUGUCAUCAUUUUUUGACAGCUGUGGAGGGUAUGCAAAAAGAUUUGGCACAAAGUAACUUGCAGCCAGAUAGUUUCACGUCGUUGGUGUUUCGGGAAUUGUCUCAAUUAGAAGAGCACAAACCUGGCGCAGUGGCCAGGAUAUUAAUCCCUAUAUUGUUGGAAUCAAAAUUAGGGCAUAUUCCCAAACCAAAUAUAAAUAUCAGAAUGAGUUCUGCCACAAUAGUCGAGCCAAGUGGCCAAACUGAUACAUCUCUUAAAUUUACGGCUGGUUUAAUCAUGUCGGUACCGUUCGAAGCAGAGUUGCGGCACCUAAUCGAUCCUAGUAGAAUUCGGUUGAAAGUUAAAUAUCCUGACCAGAAGAUGCAAGUUCUUUUACCAAAAGUUCAGCAUUUGAAGCCUCUGUAUUAUGACACAACUAAUGAAGAAUCGCAAAUUGGACACAACUUGAGACUUUUGAGUUCCAUUUUGAUUUCGCAUCAGGUGUGGUCAGAAGCAUGCAAUGUAGAAAUCAACGUGGCUCUGUUUGUUCCUGAAGGAGAUAUAGGCAAACGAAAAACGAAUUUGGAUUUGAAUCCUUCACUUUUAGAUCUUUGCCCGUCUGUAAAAGUCAGUGUGGCUCCUAAACCCAUCAAAAAAACCCUGUAAAUUAUUUUUAGGUUAUAGAAAUAUAUUUUAAGUAUUUAAAUA